AGCCAGAUUCGCUGCUUCCUGUGGGAAAGCAGGGCUGUCUUCUGGAGCCGGUUGUGCUCCCUGAGUUUGAGGGCUGGCACGGGGAGCCCGUUCCCCCAGGCGCUUCUCCUGUGAGCCACGCACGCCAGCCCUGGCCCCGAGCAGGGAACGAGGAGCACGGCUGGCACUGCCGUCCUGCUGCUGGAGUCCCUGCUGAGUGAGCGCCUCUGGGGAGCCGGGACGGCUGCCCGGCCCUCCCACGGCCUUUAGCACGCUUUGGAGCAGGUUCAAGGAACUGGAUAGGGAGACAGACAAAGGAGAGGCGCACCGUGUUGUUUUGCCAACCAAGAGAUUAAACGGAGCCAAAGGUGAAGAGAAACCCGCGCAGUGGGAGCGCCGGCACCGCACCACCGCCGGCUGUCGUCCUGUCUGCUUAUCUGGAGAUGGGAGGCAUCGAUCUCAGGGAUCGGUCGGUGAUUGAGCUGGGAGCCGGAACUGGAUUGCUGGGAAUAGUGGCCACGCUGUUGGGUGCUCGUGUUACCAUCACAGACAGGGAGCCAGCGCUGGAAUUCCUGGAGUCGAACGUGUGGGCUAACUUACCUUCUGAACUACACGCAAGGGCUGUGGUGAAGGAACUAACGUGGGGAAAAGACCUAGGCAGCUUCCCUCCCGGAGCGUUUGACUUCAUCCUGGGGGCAGACAUCAUUUAUCUGGAAGAAACUUUUGCGGAACUGCUUCGGACAUUGGAGCACCUGUGCUCAGAGCAAACUGUCAUUCUUCUUUCCUGCCGUAUCCGCUACGAACGGGAUAACAACUUCUUGAAGAUGCUGAAAGGCCGUUUCUCUGUCAGUGAGGUCCACUAUGAUUACAGUAAGGAUGUUCAUAUCUACAAAGCACAGAGGCACAGUCACAACGAUGACUUUUGACUGCAUACUUUGUCAAUAAACUGCUGAUCCUUUUCUAACCUCCCCUUGUUCCUACUAAAUACACUUGUUCCUAAGCAUAUAAUUACGGAGGUUGUGUUAUUUCACUGGCUUCUUUUUCCCCUCAGUCUGAACCAGCAGGGAAGGUUCCUACCUACCUCAGGUGUAUUGAUUUUCCACUUCAUUCCCCAGUAAGAAAUGCGUAAUGUCUUCCACUGACUUUUUAUGAAAUAAUUGUUGAAGUUGAUUUAUGCUGCUGAAAUCUUCAUGCACGAAGAAUGCAAUCAAAAGAUCUGCUGUUUAAAAUCUUAAUUUUCCCACUUAAUUUUCAUGGGAAACGUAUAUUAGCGAUUAGAUUAGGUGGGAUUUUUCCCUUUUAUCACUUCUUCAGCUUUAGAAAAGUGGAAGAAAUGUAAACAGAGACUUCAGUUCAAAAUGCUUAAAUUCAUCAGGCGUUCUACAUUUUUAACACUGUGGUAAAAUAAGCCAUUCAGAGGGCAAACCCAACAAAGGCAGAUGCCAUAAAUCUGUUCUAUUGCUUCCACCACUGAACUGAAGAGGAGCUGGGAAACAAAGAACCAGGGCUGGGGUGGUAGGAGGGGGAUCAACAUUUCAAAGCAAGCUGACUUAGAAAUUAGUGGUUACAUCUAACUUGCAAGUGUGGAGGCCAUACUUGCUUCCAUCAUACUUCUUAAUAAGAAGAUGCUGAAGGUCUGUGAUCCAGAAGUGACAUGCAGAUUGUAUUCUGGAAAUAACAUGUCAUUAUAGGUCCCACCAGUGAGGCCCGAAGGCCUUGCAUUUUGCCACUGGAGAAUCUGUUGUCUGUUUUCAGCGUUAGUUCUCUGCUUGGCUCUGAACUCCACCUGAGGGCGGAUGCUUUGUAAUACACUUGCUUACAACGGUAUACUUAGAAGCCACAGGGUGUCACUAAAACAGUACUUACUGGGAAUUUGCAGUUUCAAACUAGUGUUGAAGACUUUUGAGGAAGGGAAGAUAGCACCUUUAAUUAAAAGCAGAACAUGGUACGAGCUGUAACGUGCCAGACUUUGCCUUUUCUGUCCUACCAAUUGGGUGAGCAACAUCUGGAAAAAAAUCACAAGCUGUCUGUUCUGUUUCUGGCUGUAAUGUUUGGAAUGGGUCUUCAGUUCUCACCGCUCCUCUUCCUUUUCCUCCCUCCUAGUGCUUCCUUCUCUCUUAGCUCAUCUGUGGUCACUUCGUGCUUUGGUUCCCCUGGGGCUGGAGCUGGCAGAAAGCAGUGCUGCAGCUUUUGCCUGCCUGCAAGGGGCUGUAGCUGCACUGCUGCCUUGGUAGGAACCUGCUUCAACAGCCUACUUAGCACAGAAUAAAACUUAAAAGUUGAACACCCUGCAUGAUGUUAAAAAAGGGAUCUUUGCUCCAUGGCUUGCUUUGAUGAGAAGUUUUGAAUUUUUAAAACAGAUCAAUCUAAUUGCAUUGCUUUCUAAUUGUUUAGCAGCUCCCAGUGUGUGUUCUCCUGUAGCUGAUUUUACAGCCAGUAACGUUUCUGAGAGCAGGCAUGUGGCAGAAAAGAUCAGCCUUGGCUGCUUCUAGACUCAGGAGUGAACCACAGCAGAUGUGUAGGGCAGGAAGACAAGAGCAAUGGCCCCGCUGGGUAAGCACUGAGAGCAGCUCUCCACAAUGACAUCUGCAAGCCUGAGGCAAAACCAAACUCCGGUGUCCCGAAUGAUUGGUCCCAGGCAAGCUUCUGAUCUAGAAUGAGAUGAGCACAAUAAUGGUUCAGCAGCUGCAUGGCAGUUAUACUAACACUGUGCCCAGGCACUUUCUGCCACUGUGUUUAUCCUAUACUUAGAAAAAUCAGUGAGAUUCUCUUUUGGGUGGUUCCACUGCAUCACUCCUGGUUUGCAGUAUCACGUGAACUCAACUGGAUGGAUGACCUGUUUGUGCAAUUGUCCCAGAGUAGUGAUGCAGUGCACAAACAGACUCUUGACAGUAAAAGAAAACACUCACCCUAGGGAGAGGAUCCACGACACAGAGAGGUGACCAGGUAGGCGUGAACAUACUGUGAUUUUCUGCAACCAUCUCUGAAACGUGCCAUUCUGUGAGGGAACAAACUGCAAUGUCAUUGCAAAACUGGUGCUUUAUUAAUAUGAAGACGGAGUACAAAAUUCAGCUCUGUAUCUUACAAAGAGCUUCAAGGUGCCUCAGCACCAGAAGAAUUGGCUUACUGACUGCAGAGGGACCUGUGUUACCCGAAUCCUUCAGUGGGAAGUUCAAGACACUCUGCACUUUUAUCUUACAAACUAACCUGCCUGGGAUUCCCCUCACUGCAGAGAUGCAGGUUUUGUGAACAAGUAUAGGAACAACGUUAUGAAAAUGCUUAGCUGUGAAAACCACAAAAUCCCACCCAUCAUGAGCCGACCUUUCUUCUUUCCCUCGGUGCACUGCAUCAGUGAUGGAUUUGUUCUGGCUUUUGUCCCAGUGGUUUGAUCCAGCCUUGCAGAUUACACAAUCAACUUAUGAUCUUUGCAAUGUUUGCUGCCUUCUCUUCUGUUCUCAAAAUCAGCAGUACAUGGCUUAAGAGGAAUGCUUAAAAGUAGUAGAGAUAGCAUAUUUAAACCGUGAAAGGAGAAAAAUCUUUCACACAUUAUUAAACAACAGAACUAAGUACCACCAGAACAGUUACAAGUAAGGAAGUUUAAAAAUGAAGAUCAGAAGUGGAAGAUAAACUUUGUCUUCGGGAUUUACCCUCUAAUUAAUUCAAAUUAAGAUUUUAAAAGCAUUCUGUUUGGGAAAAUACUGAUGAAUACUUACAUGCCACAAGUCACGAGGACACCGAUACCACUGCCUGCUUAAAACGUGCCCUUUCCUGUAUUCCUAUCUAGCUCUGCCUCUCAAUUAGUGUAAAGGGAACGUCCUGCUCAAAAAAGAGACUUUUUAGAGUUUUUUAAAGCAUGUUUAUGUGACUGCACAUAAAUGUCUGUGUAAAAAGGGAGUUAUGACAGUUUAUACCACAAAGGUUACAGUAAGAAAAAGCACGUCUUUAUGACAAUAAUUCACAAAUACACAAGAAUCACUUUAAUAUACAAAGCAAUUACUACCAUUCUGAAACAUAAAGCAGCUAGUAUGUACAUAGUGUUAAUAAAAUGCAUUAUAACCCA